ACAGCAGGAUGAAGCUUCUCACCUGGACCUCAUAAUGACAUCAUCAGGCCACAUCCCUGCCUCCACCCUACUCUGUUGCCCCCACACAUUGUUCUGCAUUAGAUCGACACUCUAUCUCUGGCUGUGGAUUGCUGGACAGGUGGGCCAGGUGAGCUCCUCCCACCAGCACUUUCACCCCCACUCCAUAAAGAUCCCUGGUGACAUCACUCUGGGGGGGCUCUUCCCCGUCCACUCGCGUGGCCCCCAUGGUCUGCCCUGUGGGGAGCUGAAGAAGGAGAAGGGCAUCCACCGCAUGGAGGCCAUGUUAUAUGCUCUUGAUCAGAUCAACAGCGACCCGGAACUGCUGCCCAACAUCACGCUGGGGGCCCGGAUCUUGGACACGUGCUCCAGAGACACCUACGCCCUGGAGCAGUCCCUCACCUUCGUCCAGGCGCUGAUCCAGAAGGACACAUCGGACAUCCGCUGCUCCAACGGAGAGCCGCCCCUCAUCCGCAGGCCAGAGAGGGUGGUGGGAGUCAUCGGGGCUUCAGCCAGUUCCGUGUCCAUCAUGGUGGCCAACAUCCUGAGGCUGUUUGAGAUCCCUCAGGUGAGCUAUGCGUCAACGGCUCCGGAGCUCAGCGAUAAUAACCGGUACGACUUCUUCUCCCGGGUUGUUCCUCCGGACUCGUACCAGGCUCAGGCCAUGCUGGACAUCGUCAGAGCUCUGGGGUGGAACUACGUGUCCACGUUGGCCUCAGAGGGGAACUAUGGGGAGAGCGGAGUGGAGGCCUUCAUGCAGAUCUCCAGAGAGGCGGGUGGGGUAUGUAUCGCUCAGUCGGUGAAGAUUCCACGCGAGCCGACAGCCGUAGAAUUCGAUAAGAUCAUAAAACGUCUGAUGGAGACGAGUAACGCCAGAGGAGUGAUCAUUUUUGCCAACGAGGAUGACAUAAAGCGUGUCCUUGAGGCAGCGAAGCGUGCUAACCUGACGGGUCACUUCCUGUUCGUGGGGUCAGACAGCUGGGGCGCAAAAAGUUCCCCAAUCACCGAGCUAGAGGAUGUUGCUGAGGGCGCUGUGACAAUUCUGCCCAAGCGUGCUUCAAUAGACGGGUUUGAUCAGUACUUUGUGUCUCGUUCUCUGGAGAACAACCGGAGGAACAUUUGGUUCAAUGAGUUCUGGGAGGACGACUUCAGGUGUAAACUGACCCGUCCUGGAAUCAAAGUGGACCCCGAAAAGAAGAAGUGCACAGGUGAGGAACGGAUCGGUCAGGACUCUGCCUACGAGCAGGAGGGGAAGGUCCAGUUUGUAAUUGAUGCGGUCUACACAGUGGCCUACGCGCUGCACAGCAUGCAGCUGGACCUGUGUCCCAGCAGAGCCGGGGUGUGCAGCGACAUGGAUCCAGUGGAGGGGCGUCUGCUGCUGGACUACAUCAGAGCCGUCAAUUUCAAUGGAAGUGCAGGUACCAGUGUUUUGUUCAAUGAGAACGGGGACGCUCCUGGACGUUAUGACAUCUUCCAGUUCCAGAUGACCAAUCACAGCCAUCCUGGUUACCACGUCAUUGGCCAGUGGACCAAUAACCUGAAACUCAAUUUGGAUGAGAUGCAGUGGUCUGGAGGAGAUAAGUCUGUUCCGGACUCCAUCUGUAGUUUUCCCUGUAACCCCGGAGAGAGAAAGAAGAUGGUGAAAGGAGUUCCAUGCUGCUGGCACUGUGAGCUCUGUGAUGGGUAUCAGUACCAAUUGGAUGAGUUUACCUGUGAGACCUGUCCAUCAAACAUGCGUCCCGCCCCCAACAGAACCACCUGUUGUCAGACUCCAAUCAUCAAACUGGAGUGGAACUCUCCCUGGGCCCUAGUACCCGCUUCUCUUGCUCUACUAGGCAUCGUAGCAACAAGUGCUGUGGUGAUCACCUUCAUCCGCUUCAACGAUACACCCAUCGUCAGGGCAUCAGGGAGGGAGCUCAGCUACGUACUGCUGACAGGUAUCUUCCUGAUCUACCUGAUCACUUUCCUGAUGAUUGCGGAGCCAGGUGCGGUGGCUUGUGCGUUCCGUCGCCUCCUGCUGGGCCUCGGCAUGGCCAUCACCUACUCGGCCAUGUUGACCAAAACCAACCGCAUCUACCGCAUCUUCGAACAGGGCAAGAGGUCGGUGACCCCACCAAAGUUCAUCAGCCCCACCUCACAGCUCAUCAUCACCUUCUUCCUCAUCUCCGUCCAGGUCCUCGGGGUGUUUGUGUGGUUCGGCGUUGUCCCUCCUCACACCAUCAUUGACUACGAGGAGCUCCGCCCCCCCAACCCGGAUCUGGCCCGAGGCAUUCUGAAAUGUGACAUGUCGGACCUGUCAAUCAUCUGCUGCCUCAGCUAUAGUAUUGUACUAAUGGUGACGUGCACGGUGUACGCUGUGAAAAGUCGAGGUGUUCCGGAGACGUUCAACGAGGCCAAGCCAAUCGGAUUCACCAUGUACACCACUUGCAUCAUCUGGCUGGCCUUUGUACCAAUCUUUUUUGGUACUGCCAAGUCCACGGAGAAGAUGUUCAUCCAGACUGCCACGCUGACUAUCUCCAUGUCUCUCAGUGCGUUUGUCUCUCUCGGGAUGCUCUACAUGCCAAAGGUCUACGUCAUCAUUUGUCACCCUGAACAGAACGUGCAGAAGAGGAAGAGGAGCUUCAAGGCUGUUGUCCAGGCUUCCAGAGUGCCUCAACGUUCUCUGAAUGAGAAGCAGAACGGAGAGGCGAAGAUUGAACCCAACAGAUUGCAGUAGCACUGUAGUAUUACUGCAUUAUUACUUCAAUAAUACUGCAGUGAUACUACAAUUAACAAGUGUUAAAACAAAA